AUGAGCUCCACGGCACUACCACCUGACUCGCCUUGGGAUCCAGCGUAUCCUGUCGCGAAGAACCAGAACCCUUCUACCAUCACGCGUUCUGAAGUUCUGAAGAUGUUACGCGAGGGAAAACAGCCAGGGAAGGACUUCGUACUCGUUGAUUUACGUCGGGAGGAUCGUACGGGAGGCACUAUUCGCGGCUCGAUCAAUCUACCAGCGCAGGGCUUGUAUCCCACCGUCCCUACUCUGUACACCAUGUUUGCUACUGCAAAGAUCGGAUCUGUUAUAUGGUACUGCGGCUCCUCACAACAUCGUGGACUCCGGGGCGCCGCGUGGAUGGACGAUUACAUCAAAGCCCAGGGUGAUUCAAGCUUGAGGAGUUUAGUGCUGCUAGAGGGAAUCAGAGGAUGGGCGAAUGCAGGUGCAGAGUACACAGCAUUUAUGGAUGAAUACGAGGAAGACGCCUGGCGCUAG